AUGUCAAAGUUGAAUUUUCCAAAUUGCUUUAUCUAUCUAUCUAUCUAUCUAUUUCACUCUCUUCUAUCUAUCUAUCUAUCUAUCUAUCUAUCUAUCUAUCUAUCUAUCUAUCUAUCUAUGUACUUCUCUCCCUUCAUAUCUAUCUAUCUAUCUAUUUCACUCUUUUCAUAUCUAUCUCUCUAUAUAUGUAUAUAUAUUUCAGUCUCUUCAAAUCUAUUUCACACAUUUCAUAUCUAUCUAUCUAUCUAUCUCACUCUCUUCAUUAUCUCUCUGUUAUGCUUUUUCAAAUCUAUCUAUCUAUCUAUCUAUCUAUCUAUCUAUCUAUCUAUCUAUGUACUUCUCUCUCUUCAUAUCUAUCUAUCUAUCUAUCUAUCUAUCUAUCUAUCUAUUUCACUCUCUUUAUAUCCAUCCAUCUAUUUCUGUUCAUAUCUAUCUAUCUAUCUAUCUAUCUAUCUAUCUAUCUAUCUAUGUACUUCUCUCUCUUCAUAUCUAUCUAUCUAUCUAUCUAUCUAUUUCACUCUUUUCAUAUCUCUCUCUAUAUAUAUAUGUAUAUAUAUAUCUCACUCUCUUCAUUAUCUAUCUGUUAUUCUCUUUCUUAUCUAUCUAUCUAUCUAUCUAUCUGUAGAUUCGAAUUCUCUCUCCCCCCCUCUCUCUCUCUAUCUCUCUCUUUCUAUCUAUCUUUUUCUCUCUUUGUCUCUUUCUCUCUCAUUCUCUCUUUCUCAUUUUUCUCUUUCCUUCGUACUCUCUAAAAAGACUAUCCGUAUCUGUUCCCUAUACUGUUCCAAAAGGUUCUUUCUUUCUUUGGCUUUCUCAGUGUUCUGGUUCAGAUCAUUUUUAGGGAGCCUUAAAAUUUGGGAUAUAACUUUAUUAUUUUUUAUCAUAAUUUUCUAUUCUGUUUUGUUUGUGAUUAUUUUUGCUUCUUCUUUCUCUUCUUUUACCUCUUUUCAUUUGUUUUCAUUUUCCUCCCGCUUCCCUACUCCUCCUCUUUCUCUUCUUUUACCUCUCUUUUCAUUUGUUUUCAUUUUCCUCCCGCUUCCCUUACUCCUCCUCUUUCUCUUCUUUUACCUCUCUUUUCAUUUGUUUUCAUUUUCCCCCACUUUCCUCCUCUUUCUCCCCUUUCCCCUCCUUGUUUUUUCAUUUCUUUCUCUUCUUUUCUUCUUUUCUUUUCUCUGUUUUUUCAUUUCCUCCUUCCCUUUUGACCCUCCUCUUUCUCUCUUCUUUUACUUCUCUUUUACAUUUUUAAUUCAUUUUCCUCCUUCUACCUCCUCCUCUUUCUCUUCUUUUACUUCUCUUUUCAUUUGUUUUCAUUUUCCUCCCGCUUCCCCUACUCCUCCUCUUUCUCUUCUUUUACGUCUGUUUUCAUUUGUUUUUUCCAAUUUUCCUCUCCUUCCCUUACUCCCUCUUUCUCUUUUUUAUUUCUUUUUCAUUUAA